AUUAAAGAUAUCGUUUCUACAAUUCAUCGUGACUCACGUACAGACUGACUCGCGUCUCUUCGCGCUAGGGAAGUCUAUAAUUUCGAACGAUCUAGACGGAAGUGUUAUCUCCAGAUACGCCGUAGCGAGUCAGUUGGUACUUGAGUUAGCUUACGAGCUCACUACGCUCUGGUAUACGGCAGUAUCACGGAUGCAAUAUUAUUAUACUGCCAUCUGCAAUCAGUAAAGAUCAUUUGUGAUAAUUGAUCGCCGAUAGCUGGAUAAUGGAACUCUUUGAAAUUCUAUGCGGCAUUGCCGUAAUAAUUAUCAUUGUUUAUUAUUUCCUCACGUCAACUUUUAACUUUUGGAAAUCACGUGGCGUUCGCGGUCCACGACCCAUACCGGGAUACGGUAAUAUCAAAGAUAUUUUGAUGUUGAAGCAAUUUUUUGGUGAUUUUGCGACGAAACUGUAUAAUGACUACAAAAACGAACAAUUUAUUGGAAUAUUCGCAAGAAGGACACCUAUUCUUAUCGUAAAAGAUUUAGACUUAAUUAAGGAUAUUCUUAUCAAAGAUUUCACCAAGUUCGCUGAUAGAGCACCUGUCCCGAUUACCGAAAGGGCCGAGCCGCUGUCGCAACAUCUUUUCAAUUUGGAAGCAAAGAGAUGGCGACCGUUGAGGAUGAAAUUGUCGCCUGUCUUUACAUCCGGUAAACUAAAGGACAUGUUCUUUUUAAUAUCGGAAUGUGCUGACCACCUUGUUCAGUAUAUGGAAAAAUUAGUGAGUCGAGGCGAACCCAUAGAAUGCCGCGAAUUGACGGCGAAAUAUACGACGGAUGUCAUCGGCAGCUGUGCCUUCGGCAUCGAGAUAAAUGCACUAUCGGACAACGACAGCGAAUUUCGUAAGAUGGGAAGGAAGGUAUUCGAUCAGCCCUGGUCGAACAGAUUACGAAUGAGGUUGAAACAAAUGGCCCCCAAGUUUUACGAUAUGCUCGGUUACGUUCUACCACAAAUGGAUAUUACUAAAUUUUUCACACGUAUCGUCGUGGAAACCAUGGAUUAUAGAGACACCCAUAAUGUCGUUAGAAACGAUUUCAUUGAUAAAUUGCGUGAAUUAAAGAAGCAUCCAGAGAUAUUGGGCGAUAUCCCUUUGACAGAUAGUUUAAUAGCUUCUCAAGCCUUCGUAUUUUUCCUCGCUGGUUUCGAAACUUCCUCGACAACUAUGAGCAAUGCGCUUUACGAGUUGGCAUUAAAUCGAAAAAUACAAGACAAGUUACGUGAAGAAAUUACCGAGACCUAUUUAAAACAUGGCGAAAAUUUAACAUAUGAGAAUAUAAAAGAAAUGGAUUAUUUAGAUAAAAUUUUCAAAGAAACCUUACGAAAAUAUCCGCCAGUAGCAAUUCUUAUGAGGCGAUCGAUGACGAGUUAUACUUUCGAGGGUACCAACGUUAGUAUACCGAAAAAUCAAAGAGUAUGGAUUCCUGCCUAUGCAAUUCAACGAGAUCCGAAUAUUUAUCCAAAGCCAGAUGUUUUCGAUCCAGAAAGAUUUACCGACGAAGCUGUGCAAAGUAGACACCCGAUGUCCUAUUUACCUUUUGGUGACGGACCACGCAAUUGCAUUGGAGCUCGCUUUGCUGUUCACCAGACUAAAGUUGGACUUAUAAAGAUAUUACGAAAUUACAAAGUCGAGACUUGUGAGAAAACUCCAAUACCUUAUGUAAACGAUCCUAAAGCAUUUCUAUUAGCGCCAAAAGGGGGAAUACACUUGAAAAUCGUUAAAAUUAAUCGAACUCUAUGGUAUCUGCUGUCUGAGGUACUUCUGGCGUUGAUGUUUGUGGUGGCAUUGUUGUUUUUUCUAUCGAAUGGACUACUCAGCAUAUUCUUCAUAGUGACAUCCAAUCCGGGUAUCGGCAUAGGUACAGGAAUCAUCGAUUUACAUGUUUCUGCAGUUAGGCCCAUCGCACACGUUAUUUGGACGUUCUUUGGUAUAUCGGGAACCAACUUCAUAAUCCAUUGCGUCGGAUUAAAUAGCGUACCAGACGUGAUCAUAUUUUUUAUAUCCGACAUACCAAAAUUGGAUAAAUCAGGUAUAAAUUUGGAAGUCAUAUCUGACAAUGAAGGCAAUUUAGGCAGACUCGGCAAUUUAGGCAGACUCGGCAAUUUAGGUAGACUCGGCAACUUAGGCAUUGAAGGCAUCGGCAACUUAGGCAUUGAAGGCAUCGGCAAAUUAGAAUCGAUCGACGAUCGCAGGACAAUGGGACCCUUUGAAAUUCUAUGCGGAAUUGCCGCUGUAACUCUCGCACUUUAUUAUUUCCUCACGUCAACUUAUGAUUUUUGGAAAUUACGUGGCGUUCCUGGUCCACGACCGAUACCAGGACUUGGUAAUUUCAAAGAUGUUAUGCUUAAUAACAUAUCAGCGGGUGAUUAUUUGACAAAGAUAUAUAACACCUACAAAGACGAACCGAUGGUUGGGAUAUUUACGAGAAAGACACCCCUUCUCAUUGUAAAAGACUUAGAACUUAUCAAGGAUGUUCUCAUCAAAGAUUUCACCAUGUUCGCUGAUAGAGGACUUCCCAUUUUCGAAAAGACUGAACCAUUGUCGCAACAUCUUUUCUCUUUAGAGCCAAAGAGAUGGCGACCGUUGAGAAUACGGUUGUCGCCUGUUUUUACAUCUGGUAAGCUAAAGGAGAUGUUCUCCUUGAUAUCAAAAUGUGCUGACCACCUUGUCGUAUACAUGGAGAAAGUAGCGGACAAAGGUGAACCGGUAGAAUGCCGCGAGUUAUCUGCUAAAUACACGACCGAUGUUAUCGGCAACUGUGCCUUCGGCAUCGACAUGAACGCAUUGUCAGAUGAGGAUAGCGAAUUUCGCAAGAUGGGAAGAAAAGCAUUUACACUCAACUGGGCAGCUAUGUUACGAAUAAGAGUCAGACAAAUUUCUCCACGGCUAUACGGAAUGCUCGGCUACUUCCUGCCUCAAACCGAUGUUACCAAAUUUUUCACACGUGUUAUCACGGAAACUAUGGAUUACAGAGAAGCAAAUAAUAUCGUUAGGAAUGAUUUUGUCGAUAUGUUGCGCGAAUUAAAGAAACAUCCGGAUAAAAUGAGCGACGUUGAGCUGACGGAUAGUUUAAUAGCAUCUCAAGCCUUCGUAUUUUUCCUCGCUGGUUUCGAAACUUCCUCGACAACUAUUAGCCAUGCGCUCUACGAGUUAGCAUUGAAUGAAAAAAUACAAGAUAAUCUGCGUGAAGAGAUUAACGAAGUCUAUGCAAAGUAUGGUGAAGACUUUUCAUACGAUAAUAUCAAAGAAAUGAAAUAUUUAGAUAAAGUUUUCAAAGAAACUUUACGAAAAUAUCCGCCAGUGACAUUUCUUAUGAGACAAACUAUGUCGAAUUAUACUUUCGAGGGUACCAAAGUUACUUUACCGAAAGAUCAAAAAGUAUGGAUACCUGUUUACGCGAUUCAACGAGAUCCGAAUAUUUAUCCAAAACCAGAUGUUUUCGAUCCAGAAAGAUUUACCGACGAAGCUGUGCAAAACAGACACCCGAUGUCUUUUCUACCUUUUGGCGAUGGACCAAGAAAUUGUAUUGGAUCUCGCUUCGCUAUUUUUCAGACUAAAGUUGGGCUUGUAAAAAUACUACGACAUUACAAAGUCGAGACCUGCGAGAAAACUCCAAUACCUUAUGUCAAUAAUCCUAAGGCAUUUUUAUUAGCACCAGUAGACGGACUUUACUUAAAAAUAGUUAAAAUUAAUUGAGCUUAAUUAAAGCUUUUCUCUAAGCCUCCAUAAAAACUAUGUCUUGUAAAAACUGGAGGAAAAUUGUCUAUUAUAUUUAUAAUAACGAUAGGAAUUGUUAUUUCGACUGUUAAUUGUUAUUGAUGUUGUGUCUCAUAAUUACCGUCUGAAAUCUAUUAGAUAAGUUUAAUUUUAAGGUUAAUGGUUAUACUAUUACAUACAUAUUUUAAUAGCAUACAAUCUUUUAAAAUUAUUGUUUUCUUUAUAUUUUGCGUUUAACUUUUUUUACUUACAAUACACAUUGAAAGUAUAAAUAUAUAAGAUAUUGCAAUUUUGUUAUUGCCAUCCCUUCCGAAAAAAAGGGGGGGGGGAUUGAUAAAGUGUUUCAAACUGAUUAGUAACAGUAGCUGAUGAUACCGCAAAUAAUUCAUACUAGUAAUAAGAUCUCACAUAACGUAAAACUCUCAACUAUG